GGUGUAAUCGGGGGCCGUAUAAUUUUUUUUUUUGUUCUUUCUCGUUAAACAACCACCACCAGGAUCCUUUUCUUUCAUAAUUUUUCUGCUGUUUCAUUGUCUGUUCUCUUGAUCUCUGCAAGCUUCUCAAAAUCUAAAUCAACGCUCUUGAUUUUCUCCUAGAUUCUCCCUAUCAAAAUCUUGCUGUAGUUUUGAAUUUGUUGUAGCUCUUACAUCCACAAAUGGUGCUGUCCAAGCGUGGCCAUAGAUUCUUCAAGUUUCGCUGCAACCCAGUUGAAUAUUUCAUGCCAAAGUCUCAAAGCUUAUCGUGAAUUAAUUCUCCACCACUAACGAAAUCAUAUUCUCCUGCUUUCUCUUCGUCUUCUUCAGUAGUCCCACUUUCUGUAUUAUUGUCACUUGCUUUCCUUAAGAUUCUCUUUCUUCACAGUUUUUUAUUCUGCUUGCUAGCUCUAUAAAAUCUUCGAUAUUUCAAUUCCUUUUUGGGUUUUAACGCAGAUGAUUGCCAAAGACUACGAGUAUAAUUCACAUCAAGUUGUGGAAAUGGCUUGGAUUAUGCUUUGUGUCGAUUAUUCAAGGCUGUUUUGGUUGUUAUUCGGAGUCUUUUCUUAUGAAAAUCAUGAGGGAAAGCCGCGGAUCAUCUAGCACUUGUAGAAUAUAUAAUAAUUCUCUUCUUUUUGUAUCCCAUCGAAUAAAAGAACACAGCCAGCUUUCUUCUUAUUUACUGUCGAGUCAGAUAAUAUUAGAAAUAUCUACUUCCAUAUUUAUACAAACAAAUAAGCUCUGAAAAUCUGCGGUUGAGGAUCUUUGAUUAAUUUCUCUGCCAUGUACAAGAAGAGUUCGAGUGGUUGCAUUGAUGGAGCCAAGACGCAGCUUCCAUACGUUGAAACAGAUCCAUCUGGUCGGUAUGGACGUUUGAGGGAAGUUCUUGGCAAAGGAGCCAUGAAGAUAGUUUACAAAGCAUUUGAUGAAGUCAUGGGCAUGGAAGUAGCCUGGAAUCAAGUGAAGCUCAAUGAUGUAUUCCGUUCACCAGAGGAAUUGCAGCGGCUAUACUGUGAAGUUCACCUUCUCAAGAACCUCAAUCAUGGCUCCAUCAUUCGGUUCUACACUUCUUGGAUAGAUGUCGAUCGAAGAACCUUCAAUUUCAUCACUGAAAUGUUAACCUCUGGCACCCUUAGAGAGUACAGAAACAAGUACCAGCGAGUUGACAUUCGAGCAGUCAAAAACUGGGCUCGUCAAAUUCUUGGUGCUCUUGCUUAUCUCCAUGGCCAUGACCCUCCAGUGAUACAUAGAGACCUCAAGUGCGAUAACAUCUUCGUCAAUGGCCAUCUUGGGCAAGUUAAAAUUGGUGAUCUUGGCUUAGCAGCUAUUCUCCGUGGCUCUCAACACGCUCAUAGUGUCAUAGGUACACCGGAAUUCAUGGCACCAGAAUUGUACGAAGAGCAUUACAACGAGCUGGUGGAUAUUUACUCCUUUGGCAUGUGUGUGCUAGAGAUGCUUACAUCUGAAUAUCCUUACAGCGAGUGCUCCAACCCAGCACAGAUUUACAAGAAAGUGACUUCGGGAAAGUUGCCAGAAGCAUUCUACAGAAUUGAAGAUGCAGAGGCCCGACGUUUUGUGGGGAAAUGUUUGGAGAAUGUUUCAAAGAGGUUGCCUGCUAAAGAACUCUUGCUUGACCCAUUUCUGGCAUCUGAUGAAGGCGAUAUACUGAAAGUCGCUAUGCCAUCCUUUGUCUAUCCAAAGUUGACAAAGACUACAAAUAUGACCAUCACUGGCACAAUGAAUCCUGAAGAUGACACCAUUUUUCUCAAAGUAAAAAUUUCAGAUAAGGAAGGUCAUAGCAGGAACAUAUACUUUCCAUUUGAUAUUUUCCAUGACACAGCAACUGAUGUUGCUUUGGAGAUGGUUAAAGAAUUGGAGAUAACUGAUUGGGAGCCACUUGAAAUUGCUGCAAUGAUUGAGGAAGAGAUAUCUUCUUUGGUCCCUAAUUGGAAGGCGUAUUGUGGCUCACCUAAAUUCCAUCAUCAAUAUAGCUUCAGCUAUGAAGACGAAGAUGAUGAUGCAGUGAUCCAUGGCCACCAUCCUUUCUACUCCAACUCUUCCUAUUCCUCCUCCCAGUCUUCUCUUCCAGAUUUCAUUUCUUCUUCUCACAACUGGCUUCAACAAUGUGAAGACUUGUUGAAUAACGAUGAUGCAAGUUCCAAUGGCUCCUUUAACUCUCUAAACUACUCAAACUUGGAUUACUAUUCGGGCAACGAAGAAGAUAAUUUCGAUGUAAGUCAUAGAGGAGAGCCUCUCCACAUUACGAGGACCAACAAGACUACAAGAUUUUGCCCCACAACAAACCAUAAACAGUGCAAUGAAAAGGUAAAUUCAUGGAAAGCUUAUGGCUCCAAUAUCCAUCAAAGAAAGGUGUCCAGGAUUCGUUCAAUGGUGGACGUACGCAGCCAGCUUUUGCACCGCUCACUAGUAGAGGAGAUCAACAAGAGGCGCUUGUUUAAGACUGUUGGGGCCAUUGAGAACAUUGGAUACCAUGAACCAGGAAAUAGUAGCAGCAGCAGUGGAGAUGGGUUGUACGGGAGAUGUUCUUCCAGUACAAGAUGAAUGGUGGAUCACGACGAAUAGCAGAGAUUUGAGAGUGGGGUUAAAGUUAAUUGCCCCCCCUAAUCUCAUAGUUUAUAAUGUUAUUUAAUUUUUCAUUGCCUUAUGGUGUGAUUCAUUAAGUAUGUACCUUUUGUGACACUUUGAAUAUGGAGAGAGAGACAGACAUGCCUCCUAAUACUCCUACCGUGGAAAGUUUGUCAAAUAAUAAUAAACUGGUGUGAGGUUGAAGUAA